AUGACACAAAAGACCCUCAUAACACCAGCAGAGAACUCCACAACAAUUACACAAAUGGAUACCAGUAGAUCAUCAAGAUUGUAUACAGAAUCAUUGAUGUUCAAAAAGGAUAAUGUUUCACUAUCUGCAAUGACAUUCUUAUAUCAAGAAAUGAUAUCAUAUUUACAUCAAUCAAGUACGACAAUGGCCGAAUUUGAAAAGAAAUUAUCAAAUUAUGGGGAAUCAAUAGGGCUAAGGCUAUUAGAAUUAUUGAAUUUUAGAGCAUCAUUAUCACCAAAAUCAUUCAUUGAUUCUUCAUCUUCUGCAACAACAACGACGGCGACAACAACAACAACAUCUAAUAUUACAACCACUUCUGCAACAACUGGAACUGGAACAGCGAAAAUAAUAUCGGAGAAUAGAACAAGAUCAAAAAGUACAACUUCCAAAUUAGCAAACGAUACACGUACUUCUUCAAAUUCAGCAUUAAGAGAUCAUAACACGCAUCACCAUCAUCAUCAUCAUACGUUAGAAAGGGAGAAAAAUCUAGACGUAUCACUAUGCAAAUACAUCACCAAGAUGAGACGUCGAGAUUUGAAAAUAUUAGACAUCUUACAAUUCAUUCAUGGUACAUUAUGGUCGUACCUUUUCAACCAUGUCAGUGAUGAUCUUGUAAAAUCAUCUGAAAGAGCCAACGAAUAUAUGAUCAUUGAUAAUUCUCCCGUUUUAACUCAAUUUAUACCAAAUAAUAAUAAUGCAUCAUUAUCUUGUAAUUAUUUCGUUUGUGGUAUCAUUAAGGGAUUUCUUUUGAGCGCAGGCUUCCCUUGUUCUGUUAAUCCUCAUACUAUGAGUACAGAUGAAUUCGAUGAAAGAUUGGUUUAUUUGAUACAAUUCGAUCAAGAAGUAUUGGAAAGAGAAGCAUUAAGGGCAUAG